AUGCCGUAUGCACAGCCACGGGGAGCGCCUCAGCCGUCAUCUGGCCUCGUAGAACGUGUGUACCCCUUCCGGGGCAGCGCAUGCCGAGUCGAGCUGCAUAUCAUCGCAAAUGCCUCGCUCGCAUACCCCCGGUCCCCCUCGCGCCCUCCGGCUCUUCAGCAAGGCGAUGUGGGUAUGGAUAAGGCCCCCGCGAGACGAGACAUAGGGCCCAGCAUCCUCGGGCUGAGCCACAACAUCACGACAAAUGGACGCACCACCAGCGGCUGGUCGUAUCUCCUCGACAAUGGCGCAUUCGCCCAGGCUGCCCCUUGCACUAAAGGCCUCAAUUCUCGUCUGCGGACGCUCUGA